CAAAGUAUAAGUAACCCAUCUGUAAUGCAGCGGAGAAUGACAGUGCUGCGGGAAAAGGGAAGGAGACAAGCCGUCCGUGGUCCAGCAUUCAUGUUCAAUGACAAGGGCACAAGCCUAACUCCAGAAGAGGAACGCUUUUUGGAUGCAGCUGAAUAUGGCAACAUACCUGUUGUUCGGAGAAUGCUGGAGGAGAGCAAGUCACUGAAUGUUAAUUGUGUUGAUUACAUGGGCCAGAAUGCCCUUCAGCUAGCAGUUGGAAAUGAACAUUUGGAAGUAACUGAGCUCCUUCUGAAGAGGGAUAAUUUGGCUCGAAUCGGAGAUGCAUUAUUACUUGCUAUCAGUAAGGGGUAUAUACGGAUUGUGGAAGCAAUUUUGAAUCACUCUGGAUUUGAGCCCAGUAAUCGUCUGACCCUUAGCCCAUGUGAGCAGGAAAUGCAGGAUGAUGAUUUUUAUGCCUAUGAUGAAGAUGGCACCAGAUUUUCCCCUGAUAUCACCCCAAUCAUUCUGGCUGCCCACUGUCAAAAGUAUGAGGUGGUGCACAUGCUGUUGAUGAAAGGAGCACGGAUUGAGAAACCUCACGACUAUUUCUGUAAAUGCAAUGAAUGUGUGGAGAAACAAAAGCACGAUUCAUUUAGUCACUCCAGAUCAAGGAUCAAUGCGUACAAAGGAUUAGCAAGCCCUGCCUACUUGUCUUUGUCUAGUGAGGAUCCAGUACAUACUGCACUGGAACUUAGCAACGAACUAGCCAAGUUGGCAAAUAUUGAAAAAGAAUUUAAGAAUGACUACCGCAAGUUAUCUAUGCAAUGCAAAGACUUUGUUGUUGGUGUUCUUGACCUGUGCCGAGACAGUGAAGAAGUUGAAGCGAUUCUGAAUGGUGAUGUGGAAGCUGAACAAGAUGAAGGACACCACAGUCAAAGAGCAGGGUUAACACGUGUCAAACUUGCCAUUAAAUAUGAAGUCAAAAAGUUUGUUGCCCACCCAAAUUGCCAACAGCAACUACUCACAAUAUGGUAUGAAAACCUCUCAGGAUUACGGGAGCAGCCAAUACCUAUGAAGUGCCUUGUGGUGCUCGUUAUUGCGCUUGGGCUCCCAUUCCUUGCAAUUGGUUAUUGGAUUGCACCAUGCAGCAAGCUGGGGAAGAUGCUAAGAAGUCCCUUCAUGAAGUUUGUGAUGCAUGCAGCGUCCUUCAUCAUCUUUCUGUGUUUACUAGUAUUUAAUGCCUCUGACAGAUUUGAAGGCAUCAAAACCUUACCCAAUGUCACUGUCACGGAUUACCCUAAACAAGUCUUUAGAAUGAAAACCACUAUGUUUACUUGGACGGAAAUGCUAAUCAUGGUAUGGAUACUAGGUAUGAUGUGGACUGAGUGUAAGGAAAUCUGGACAGAAGGGCCACGGGAAUACAUUUUCCAAAUGUGGAAUCUUUUAGAUUUUGGAAUGUUAUCAAUUUUUAUAGCUGCAUUUACAGCAAGAUUUCUGGCAUUUCUGGAAGCUUCUAAAGCACAGCAAUAUGUAGACAAACAUGUUAAGGAGAGUGAUCUUUCACUUGUAACACUUCCACCAGAAGUUGAAUACUACACGUAUGCCAGAGAUAGAUGGGUUCCUUCUGAUCCUCAGAUCAUAUCUGAAGGCCUCUAUGCAAUAGCUGUUGUCCUUAGUUUUUCUCGAAUCGCUUAUAUCCUGCCUGCAAAUGAAAGCUUUGGUCCAUUACAAAUUUCCCUUGGAAGGACGGUGAAAGAUAUAUUCAAAUUCAUGGUCAUUUUCAUUAUGGUGUUUCUUGCUUUCAUGAUUGGGAUGUUUAUCCUGUAUUCCUACUAUCUUGGUGCAAAAGUAAAUCCUGCCUUCACAACAGUUGAAGAAAGUUUCAAGACACUAUUCUGGUCAAUCUUUGGUUUAUCUGAAGUAUCUUCUGUUGUUCUCAAAUAUGACCAUAAGUUUAUUGAGAACAUUGGAUAUGUUUUAUAUGGAAUCUACAACGUCACUAUGGUGGUGGUCUUGCUCAACAUGCUGAUUGCCAUGAUCAAUAGCUCAUAUCAGGAAAUUGAGGAUGAUGCAGAUGUUGAAUGGAAAUUUGCUCGUUCAAAGCUGUGGCUGUUCUACUUUGACCAUGGGAAAACUUUACCCCCUCCAUUCAGUCUUAUGCCUACUCCAAAAUCAUGCAUCAGUUUAAUGCUAAGAAUCAAAAACUGUCUGAUUGGUCUAUUCAAAUGCAGAAGGAAAAGAUUGAAGAGAGAUGUAGAAAUUGGAAUGUUGAAUUCAAAGUCCAGGCUGAAUCUUUUUGCACAGUCAAAUCUAAGGAUUUCAGAAACCCAAAGUUUCAACAGCAUUAUAAAUCAACCCACGAGAUAUCAGCAAAUAAUGAAACGACUGAUUAAACGGUAUGUCUUGAAAGCACAAGUUGAUAAAGAAAAUGAUGAAGUUAAUGAAGGUGAACUGAAAGAAAUUAAACAAGAUAUCUCAAGUCUUCGAUAUGAACUUCUAGAAGACAAGUCUCAAGCAACCGAGGAGCUGGCUUUUCUCAUUCAAAAACUUGGUGAAAAACUUAAUACCUGUCUGACAAAACAAAAAACCCAAUGA